CUCACUCCUUUCUCUUUUCAAAAGCCCCUUGUUGAAGCAGAUUGACAGGGUAGAAUGAAAAUGAGCCGGACGCUCGGUCACGACUUCAGUGCGUACGCGUCCUUUUGAGAAGACCUCUAAACUUGGGAGCAUAUCGCCAUGGGAGCUAUUUGGGUUGCAAGGGACUUCUGUUUGUUUUUGCUCUUGUUAAAUAGUCGCCAAAGUGUAGCGCUUGCAGAGAGUCGAGCAGAUCCAUGCGCGGAGGGAAGUGAUAGCUGUCACAUUGAUGCUAUUUGUCAGACUACUCAAGGCUCAUACAAGUGCACGUGUAAGACUGGCUUUAAAGGAGAUGGAAAACACUGCGAAGAUAUUGAUGAAUGUGACCUCGAGUACAAUGGUGGUUGUGUACAUGAGUGCAACAAUAUACCGGGCAAUUACCGUUGCACUUGUUAUGAUGGAUUCAAUUUGGCACACGAUGGACACAACUGUUUGGAUGUGGAUGAAUGCAAGUUCAACAAUGGUGGAUGCCAGCACACUUGUGUCAACACCGUGGGCAGCUAUGAGUGCCGCUGCAAAGAAGGAUUCUUCCUCAGCGACAACCAGCACACAUGCAUCCACCGCUCUGUGGAGGGCCUCAACUGUAUGAAUAAGGAGCAUGGCUGCGCCCACAUCUGCAAGGAAACACCCAAAGGGGGUGUGGCCUGUGAGUGCCGUCCAGGGUUUGAGCUGGCCAGGAACCAAAGGGACUGCAUCUUAACUUGUAACCAUGGAAACGGAGGCUGCCAGCACACCUGCGAGGACACAGAAAAUGGCCCCAUAUGCAGGUGUCACGCCCGUUACACUCUGCAGCCUGACAAGAAGUCUUGUGUAGAGCGAGACGAAGCCACCAUUGAGUCCUCAGACCACAACGCUACAUCUAUAACUGAGGUGGACAAGCGUGUCAAAAGGAGACUGUUAAUGGAAACCUGUGCAGUAAACAAUGGAGGUUGUGACUGUACCUGUAAAGACACAUCGACAGGCGUGCGCUGCAGCUGCCCCGUUGGCUUCACGCUGCAGCCGGAUGGAAAAACAUGCAAAGAUAUUGACGAGUGCGAGCAUCACAAUGGCGGUUGUGAACACUUCUGCAGGAACACCAUCGGCAGCUUUGAGUGCAACUGCAGGAAGGGCUUUAAGCUACUGUCAGAUGAACGCUCUUGUCAAGAUAUAGAUGAGUGUUUUUUUGAGCGAACAUGUGAUCACACAUGUGUGAACUCCCCUGGUGGUUUUCAGUGUCUGUGCAACAAAGGCUACACCAUGUAUGGACUGGCCCACUGCGGAGAUUUAAAUGAGUGCAGUGUGAACAAUGGUGGCUGUGAGCAGGGUUGCGAGAACACUUUGGGUGGAUUUGAGUGCUUUUGCCGACCCGGCUACAAGCUACACUGGAACAAGAAGGACUGUGUUGAGGCUGAGGGUUUCCCACCAGCAAAACCCGCCUCUAAACCUACCUUGAACUGUAGUAAGCAGCAGGGAGGAGACCACUGCUUUCUGACCUGCCAGUCUCAAGUUCAUUUCAUCAGUGGGAUGGAGGAUUCCUACACAGUGACCUGUGGAAUGCCCCUGCCCUGCUUGGCUGGCGCACAAAAGAGCAACAGCGGCUUGCAUUGCUUAGGUCCAGAAAAGGCCAGUUUUCCACGCAUUAAGGCCACGGCCACUUUUAAGUCUGGCACUGCAAAGUGCAACUUAAAACGAAGUCAAGAGAAACUUUGGGAGGGCUUAAACUCGGCACACUCAGACAGCAGAUUUCACUUCACUGAAAAUGUUCAGUUCAGCUACGUGAGCCUACGCUGCACCUCUGCUGGACAGCGAACACGCAGCCGCCACAGCAGGAAAGCCGGAGAGGAGGACAGCUCCUCCAUCACAGCUGAGUUUGAGCUGGAUGUGAACCUUGAGGAGGUAACAGCAGAGAGCUGUGACCUGAACUGUGUGCGUCGACGCUCAGAGAAGAGGCUCAGGAAAACCAUCCGGACCCUGCGGAAAUCCAUCAACCGGGAGCAGUUCCAUCUCCACUUUGCCGGUGCCGACUAUGAGCUAUCCAAGAGUCUGGGCCAGCCCGCAGAAGCAGGACACUGUGGGGCGGGACAGGUGCCGGUGGGCAGGAAAUGUGUGAGCUGCAGUGUUGGGUCGUACUACGAUGGAGAUCAAGGACAGUGCGUCCUGUGUCCAGCUGGAACGUAUCAGGACGAGGAGGGACAGAUGUCUUGCCAGGUCUGUCCUUCACCUGAAGAAAGAGAAGUGUCUAAAGUAGUCGGAGCACGAAACAUGUCAGAGUGUGGAGGUCAGUGCCCUCCGGGUCAGUACUCCCAUGACGGCUUCAUCCCCUGCCUGGUCUGUCCUCUGGGAACGUACCAGCCUGAAGUGGGCCGCACCUCCUGCUUUCCCUGUGGAGGGAACCUCGUCACCAAACACACUGCUGCCGUCACCUUCCAGGAGUGUGAGACCAAAGUCCAGUGCUCCCCAGGACACUACUACAACACCAGCACACACCGCUGCAUUCGCUGCCCCAUGGGCAUGUUUCAAGGGGAGUUUGGCCAGAACUACUGUAUCACCUGCCCUGGAAACACCACAACAGAUUUUGACGGCUCCACUAACAUCAUGCAAUGCAAAAAUCGACAGUGUGGAGGACAGCUAGGAGACUAUACCGGCUUCAUCGAGUCCCCCAACUUCCCGGGGAACUACCCAGCCAAUGUUGAGUGCACUUGGACCAUCAACCCACCUGCCAAACGCAGGAUCCUUAUUGUUGUGCCAGAAAUUUACUUGCCCAUCGAAGACGAGUGUGGAGACUUCUUAGUAAUGAGAAAAAGCGCUCUGCCCAACUCCGUGACGACCUACGAGACGUGUCAGACGUACGAACGUCCCAUCGCUUUCACGUCCCGCUCCAAGAGGCUGUGGAUACAGUUCAGGUCCAAUGAAGGAAACAGUGGGAAAGGCUUCCAGGUUCCAUAUGUGACAUAUGAUGAGGACUACCAAGAACUGAUUGAAGAUAUUGUCAGAGAUGGACGAUUAUAUGCGUCAGAGAAUCACCAGGAAAUUCUCAAGGAUAAGAAGCUCAUGAAGGCAUUGUUUGACGUGUUGGCUCAUCCACAGAACUUCUUCAACUACACAGCACAAGAAUCUAGAGAAAUGUUUCCUAAAUCUUUUAUCCGCUUCCUGCGUUCCAAAGUCCUGAGAUUCCUUCGCCCUUAAAAAGUGGUUCCACUGGGACUCUUGAUUUCUCAUGGCCCCUCCCUUCAGGAACAUUUUGUUGUUGCCUGUUUUCACCCAGAGCUAUGUUAGAGUGAACCUCACACUGGGAGGUGUGUGUGGAAUUCAAGUGAGAGAACUUUGAAGCUUUAAGAGGGAGAAUUGGAGAUGUUCCGAUCCUUGAUCUACUCUGAAAGGAAUCAGGAUCUCCUCCAGCAUGUUUGAAAGUGUCUUUGUAAUGACUGUAUACUUUCUUUCAGAUUGGGAAAAAAAAAAAAAAUGAGGAUUCAAAUCCAAAGUGUAUGUCUGUGUAUUUGAAACUGCUUAAUAUCGCACAUGACUUUUGCUUUUGCUAGAGUCACAGUAAAUGACGGAUAUGGUAGCUGAACAGAUAUAUGCUGAAUGUCAAUGAUACUGUACAUAGAGUGUGUAUCUAGUUUUAAUAUAGACCACUUUCAAAAGUAGGGAAAAAAUAUUAAGAGAUACAUUUAAAUGUCAGGAACAAAUAGAGCACAAAUGUUUUCCUUGGGAACACUAGCACUACAAAAUAGGUAGUUCCACCACAAAAGCAUUUAUUCUAAUGAAGAUUUUGUAUAUGAUGUAAAAAGUUUUAGGUGAAAUGUUAAUGUUUAGCUGAAACUGCUGGUGGUCCAUUUAUUCAAGUGUUCUGGAUGAAUACCACUGUUACUUAAAAAAAUACGUAAAUAAAUACUGGUUAUUAUGCAUUAUGUUAUACUGUCUGCUCAAUAUGAUAAUACCUGUAUGCAUCAAAGCCUUUUGUAUUGUGAACUAGCAACCAAAGAUCAGUCUGCAGAUAUCCAGAGAAAGGUCAUGUAAAAUACAACUGAACUAUAUACCUGUCUUAGAUUAUACAUGCAUGUAUAUUUUUUAUUGUUUUGUACAUCUAAUAUGCUGUAAAUAAAGAUAGGAAACAUG